AUGGCAGCGGACGGCGUGGCAACGGCACCCCGCCUGGGGUGGGCGCAGCCCGGCGCCAGAUCCCAUCAUCCCCCCCUGGGCGCCGUCAGAGACGGCCCCCUGCGCGCGCACGUGGCGUCACAGGUGCUGCUCCUGCUGCAGCUAAAGGGCCACGGCGGGCGGGAUGGCGAGCUGAGCGGGCUGGUGGCGCGGUUGGAGGAGGCGCUGUACAGGACGGCGCGGUCGCUGGAGGAGUACGCCGACGGGCGCACGCUGGAGGGGAGGCUGAGGAGGGUCGCGGAGGCGCUGCUCAGGCGCGCGCGCAGGGCGGAGGCGAAGUCGGGGGGCGAGUCGGACGGGUCGGGCUCCGAACUGCUGGGGGGGCCCGUGGUGGAGUGA